GCCUCCCCGAUCCAAACCAAAAAUACAUUCCCCUUCUGCUUCUUCUUCUUCGUCCAAAGAGACCAUAAUAACAUGACGAAACGGGCCUCCAUUAUGCUUUCUCUAGCUCUAUUGCUCAUGGUUUCCCAACAUUACUCUGCAACUGCAAGAGACGCCCCCAAGGAAAUCCCAUCAUCAUCAGCCGGGGCCGGCCUCGACGACCAAAAGAACUUCGUCGGUUUCGGUGGCGUCGGUGGGUUUGCCGGCGUUGGGGGUGCAGGUGGGCUUGGUGGAGCUGGCGGACUAGGUGGGCUUGGUGGCGAUGGGCUUGGAGGUCUUGGUGGCGGCAUUGGCGGCCUCGGCGGAACGAUAGGCGGUGGAGGUCUCGGCAGCGGCAUUGGUGCUGGCAACGGCGGCUGCGUCGGUGGCGCCGAUACUAACGUUGUUCAGCCCUGAUCGUUUUGUUUCUCGUGCACGGGAGGGCUCUUUAAUCGUUAACUGCAGUACUGGCGGUUAAACUUAGUUGCGCUGUAUUUUCCCUUUUUAAUCUGUUUCUGUUUCUGUUUCUGUUUCGUAUCACUGAGUAGUAUUG